GGAGCGCUUAUAGAGCCGCGCCGCGCCGCGCCGCAUCGCAUCGCAUCGCAUCGACAUGGAGCUGCCGUGGCUGGGCCGGCACUGCUCGGAGCGGACAUGCAGACAGCUCGAUUUCCUUCCUCUGAGAUGUGACGCCUGUGGAGAAGUCUUCUGCAAGGACCACAUCCGCUAUGAUGAGCACAGCUGUAGCUCUGCAUACAAGAAAAAUGUGCAGGUUCCAGUGUGUCCACUCUGUAAUGCACCUGUCCCUGUACAGAAGGGUGAAGUACCAGAUAUUGUGGUUGGAGCCCACAUGGAUAAGGACUGCAAAUACAAUCCAGCACAGCAAAAGAUCUUUACAAACAAGUGCUUAAAGCCAGGCUGCAAAAGGAAAGAGAUGAUGAAAGUAGUUUGUGAGCAGUGUGGUGGCAACUUCUGCAUAAAGCAUCGGCAUCCUCUGGAUCAUGACUGUAAAGCAGGCAGCCGCCCCAUCUCCAAGGCUGGGUAUGCAGCUCUGAUGCGAGCCUCUCAAACUGCCUUCAAAUCAACAGGAGCAAUUGCAGUGCCAUCUAAUGGGAACCUUCAGCACAACAGGUGCAGAUGAUAGAGGCUUUUCACAUCUGGAUCAAACCUUUGCCUACUUUUAAGUUAAUCUCAUCUGAAGCUCUUUUCUAUGCGAGUAAUUUAUUUUUUGUAUAAUCUCUUAGCCUUUCAAUAAACUGUCACCCUUUCUAAGA